CUGAAUUUCAAAGAGAUGAGACAUUUCUUUUCCACCUAUAUAUAUACACUAAACAUUUCUCAUCUUCAACCAUUAAGCCUUCUUUAGCUCUCUUCUUGAUUUGUAUUUCUUUCACAGCUACUUGACUUGAAAGAAAAAACAAAGUUGUCCUUAAUUUCACUUAUUUCAUUAGUUCGACAAUGGCCAUCCGCCAGAUGCUGAGACGGUCUUUAUCGAGCGAGAGAAGGUCAGCCGAAGUAGUUCCCAAGGGGCAUCUUGCUGUUUACGUUGGAGAUAAUGAAAAGAAGCGGUUUGUGAUUCCAGUGGCGUACUUGAACCACCCCUCGUUUCAAGAAUUACUGUUUCAAGCUGAGGAAGAAUUCGGGUUCAACCACCCGAUGGGCGGCCUCACCAUCCCUUGCAGUCAAGAAUUAUUUGUAGAUUUCAUCUCUGGCUUCAGCUCGAGAUGAUUUUAGCAAUGGUUUCAGGAGGAAUGGAAUUUUGUAGAUUAGAAAAUGUAUGUGUACAUUGGAAAUACAUGAUAGUAGAUGAAUAUACAUGAACAUUUAUGGAGCAAA